AUGCGUGAGCUCGCCGUGGUGGAUGAAGAGCAACGCUACGGUCACUCCCGAGUCACUGGAAACAUGUGUAGCCGCCCCAACGAUUGCAAUAGGUCUGGAGGGGCCUUGCCAGUCGGCGAUUUCGAUUCUGUUGUGGUCGGUUCACAUGUCAAUCCCGUAAUGGACGCGCAGGGCGAGGUGGAUCCAGGGUCACGCUCUCCCGAGUGUAACUUGAUGCAACAGGGCUGGAAUGCGCCAAAACAUCAGAAUGGGCCCAUUUAUUGGAGGGCCAGUGUAGUAAAGCUCCGAAAAAAUUCUUGA